AUGCUUGACCUGUCCGAUCCUCUUGUGAAUUUUCUGAACUUCGUCCAAGGUCAAGUUCAGCCUCUGCCUGGCCCCAAGGGUCUUCUUCCAGACGCUCACAAGGAGGACACCGAACACCACGCCGCCAAGGAGAAGAAAGGGUUGUGGAACGCAGCCCAAGCUGCGCAGACGGCGCAAGCUGCUGCUUCAGAGGAGCUGCGCCAAGAGGCUGUGAGGCGGCAGAAGGCACACAGCGAGGCCGAGCGAAUCGCUCGCGAAGAGGCCGUGUUCAGUGGCCAGGUUCAAGCCCUGCUGGCGGACGCCUUCACCGAAACCUUUCGAAAGGCCGAUGCUGCGGAGGCCGCCGAGGCUGCGGAGGCGGCUUCCGCGGCCGCUUCCGCGGCGAAGGUCAUUGUGGAAACAGGACCAGGCAGUGCUGAUGCUGCGAUCCAAGCGGAUCCGCGCGAGGCACCCGAGGACGACCCCUCCCAGUCGCUCGUCAAGGCUCCCAGCCGCUCUGCCUCGGUGACGUCGCGCCCCUCGCGACGCUCCUCGAAGCGGAGCCACGAGGGCUCCUCGGCCUCGCAGAGCUCCUUCUCCAUCCACGUGCAAGUGCCCUCGGGCGUGUUGCCGGGAGACCGUUUCUUCGUGGUGGUGGAUGAGGUGGAGUAUGAGGUGUGGGCGCCCGAGGGAUGCACGCCGGGCGAGAUGGUGGCCAUGGACAUCUAUUCGGACGCCGAGAGUGUGGCGGCCUUGACGCUGUCCAAGGACAGUGCGCAAGCGACGGCGGCGGCCUCGCAGGGCAAUGAGAGGAGGGAGGCAACGGAUUCCAAACUGAGAGAACUGAAGGAGAAAGAUCAGAUGGAGGCCGCGAGGGCCACCACCAAUCAAUCAGAGCUCUCGGAUGGUGACUCUGUGGCGACCGAUGCCAUUCUCAUUCCGGUGGAGAUUCCCGAGGGCUGCACUGCAGGGGAGACCUUCUUCGCGGAAGUCAACGGGGUGGAGUAUGAAAUUCUGGUUCCCGAGGGUUGCAAGGCUGGGCAUUUGAUCUACUUGGAGAUCCCGGCCAAGCACGCCAUUGGACGCUUCGUGGCGGACGAAGGCCAGCGAGCGCUGACCAACGCCGAGGUGCCGCAGAUCGCCGAGAAGGACCUGGUGCCCAGUGAGGAGACGAGCGAUAGCCUCUUCGCAGAGGUCUGUGUUCCAGAGGGAGCGAUCCCAGGGUCCAACUUCGUCGCCGUGAUCGACGACACGGAGUUCGAAGUGCCCGUGCCCGCCGCGAGCUUAGCGCGCACGCGCGCGUGGUCCGGGGCGCGUGGUCCGCGGCGCCUUAAUCCGGAGGGCUUUGGGCCUGGUGACACCUUGUCCUUGCAGCUGCCCUCUGCUGGCCUCAAGAACGAUGCGCUGCAAGAGGUGUGGGCCGAGCUGGCGAAGGUCCGCGAGGAGCUCAAGGAGGUCAAGGAGGAUCGUCGCCGAGAGCGAGAACUGACGCAUUUCGCACAGCAGUUCACCAGGUCGGACGAUUACGAUCACCUGGAGCCCCAGUCGCCUGGAGCUUCAAGCUUUGUGGAAAUCAUCGUUCCUCCAGAUUGUCAUGAAGGAGAGGCUGUACCCGCAGGUGUGGUUCCUGGAGAACUGAUCUACAUGGAUAUGCGAGAGGGCGUGGGCGAGGCCGAGGACCGCUGGGUGGGUCUGGCGGACCGGCUGACGAGCAAGCAGAAGCGCAGCUCCCGACCGGCCUCGGGAGUUCGAAAGAAGGCCAUGGAGAUCAUCGAAGUCGCCAUUCCAGAGGAGCAGUCGGCUGAUCUGGCUGAUCCGGUGGGAGGCCAAGAUCUGGAGAUGACGGUCCCAGAGGGCUGUCAAGCAGGUGAUGUACUUCUCAUGGACUUGCUUCCUGGAGGAAAGAUUGGAAACUCACGCCCAGCCUCAGCGGAAUACAAGAGGCAGACGUUGGGCGCAGAAGCACAGGUGGCAACCGUUCAACGGGACCCCACCGGUGAGAGCGUUCUGAGUAUUGGCGCUCAAGCCGAAGCCUCCCAGCGCGACGCAGCUGCCUCAGCUGCCUCAGCUGCGCCGGCGCCGGCGGACGCGAGUCGUCAAGAGGAGGCUGCGAGAGAGAGUCAGGAGGCCGUGAUCAGCUCCCUUGCAGAAACUGGCCCCUACAGACUUGGCAUCUCUAUCUUAUCUGCCUCCGAACUCGUGGCCGAAUCAGAGCCUUUCUGUGUUUGCCGAAUUCCGGGCAAAGAGAAGGUGGAAUUUGAGACCGCCUCACUGGGCGAGAAGGUGAACCCAGAAUGGAACUCUGAACAUGUGAUCGAGGACUUCCCGCAAGGUCAAAGUUUGGUCUUCGAGGUGGUGGAGAUGCGGGCGCAGACCCGAACAGAGCAGCUUGACUUGAUGCGUGCUCGGACCACUCUGGAGGAUUUCUGCCCUUACUCGCUCGGUCGCAUCGAGCUGCCCAGUGAGAGAUUCUUCGCUGGCCUCGACGAAACCCUCAGCCUCACAGGCAGCGCCAGCGGCUCGGAGAGCGCCACCUUCGGCCUGCGCGUGAAGGUGGCGAACCUCGGCACCGCGGCCGCCUACGCGGCGCAGCAGGCCGCGCGCGUCGAGGCCGAGCGGCUGGAGGAAGAGGAGCGCGCACGAAUGGAGGAGGCAGAGCGGCAACGCCAAGAGGCGGAGAAGCAACGCGCCAUCGAAGAGGCCGAGCGUGAACGGCUGGAAGCCUUGAAGCAGCAAGCCUUGGAAGAGGCGGAGCGAGCUGUUCGAGAAGAGGAAGCGCGUCUCAAGAGGGAGGAGGCCGAGCGAAAGGGGAAGAUUGUGAUCUUCGUGCGUGGGCCCAAGGGGCGAAGACCACCGCCGAUCCCGACGGUGAUGAACGAUGAGACCGACGAGCUCAUGGCGAAGGCGGAUGGCGACCGUGGCGCUUUGGGUGAAAAUGACGAAAGGUACCGACUGGCAGCCUCGCUCAAGCUGGCCUGCAAGGUCUCGGAACUGGCACAGGAGAUCCCGGAACUGGGAAGUCGAGUUUGCAUCCGCGAGGCGCGGCUGUCUGUGGCGCCGGCGAUCUUCUCGGAGCCAAAGCCGGAGCCGAAGAUGGUCCGUGGCAAGCUGGCCGCUUGGGGUUGGAUGGUGCCGGAGCUGCGUGAACGCUUUCAGCGGCUGGGGCGGCAAAAUGGAAGGGGAUUCGGGGGGACGAGUCGGGUCAAGGGACGAGUCGGAUUGGAAAGGCUUCCUCCAGAGGAUACUUUGCUGGAAGCUGGCGUGGAGAACAACGCAGUGCUCAGAGCCAAAAUCAGUCCUGCCGUCAUCACUGCUUCCAAGGAUUGCACUGCAAGAAUAUGGAAUGCAGAGACCGGCAGCUGCGAACUCGUGCUCGAGGGCCACAAUGAAGCAGUUUGUUCGGCCUGUAUCUCUCCGGACUGCAGAUAUGUGGCCACUUCCUCGGAAGACAGUUCUGCCAGGCUUUGGUACGUGGACAGCGGCCGAUGUGCUCGCGUACUGCUUGACCACAAGGAGGCCGUAUACUCGGCGGCCUUCUCACCGGACAGCAAGCAGGUGGUGACCGCUUCGGAGGAUGGCACAGCGAAGAUUUGGGUCGUGAAGACUGGCUUGUGCAAGCUGACCCUGAAGGGGCACAACUUCGCAGUGCUUUGGGCGGCCUUCUCUCCUGAUGGCCGCAGCGUCACCACGACCAGUAGCGAUGGCACCCUGAAGAUUUGGAACGCCAAGACGGGGGUUUGUGACCGAACCCUGCUUGGGCAGAAGCCUGUCUAUCUUGCCUCCUUUGCCACGGAUGGAAGCACAUUUGUCACAGCCAGCGCAGUCCUGAGCACCCCAAACGAGGGAAACGGACAGUUCUGGGAGAAAAAGUACUUGUUCGUAGUAGUAAUGGGUGAUCGUGGUGUGGCAAUGGAAGUGUCCAAGAGCAGGCUUGACAGACAUGUCCUGACCAAAAUUCAUCAAUCCAACAUCACCAACAGGAAGGAGUGA